AUGGACAAUCUAAGAAAAGAAGACAGCUCUGCCGUCAGUACAGCAGAUGACACAUCCACUACAAAUGUGACGUCCACAAAAAUCAACGACAUCCCAAAUGAAAGAAGUCCACCGCUAUCAGAAAAAUUAAACAAGUCACAAAAAAAGAUAUGGAUGCGGAUUCAACAUUAUUUUCAAGAACUUCGAAAGUACCGAGAUGGAUGCGGAACGCAACCGAAACCAAUACGCCUAAUGGUACACGGCGGACCUGGAACCGGUAAAUCCUUCUUGGCAAAAUGCAUCAAUAAGCUAGCUCUGGAGUACCGAUUCACGAUUGGUUGUAUCGCACCAACAGGAAUUGCAGCAAGUAAUUUACCAAACGGAAGGACAGCACACAAUUUCUGUGGCAUUCCAAUCACGCACCGCAAAGAUACCUACCUAGAGAAACCUUCACCGACCAACCUAUCUAUGCUUCAGAAUCGAGUCCAACAUAAUACUCUCGCUCUACUGUUAAUUGACGAAAUAUCUAAUUUGGGACCGGUUAUGUUUGGCCACAUAGAAAAUAGAAUGAGGCACAUCAUGGAUAACGACGACCUCUAUGGAGGUUUAGCGGUCAUUGCAAUGGGUGAUUUUUUCCAGUUACCCCCUGUGCGACCAGCAGAGACACUUUAUUCUGCAAUAUUGAAAUGGCAAGCAGAAAAAAGAUAUAUGAAUCGAAGCAAUCCCGUGUCUGGUCCAAGAUGCAACGGUAUUCAUUUAUUCACAACGUUCGAAAAAAUCGAACUCACGGAGCAGAUGCGAGCCGCUGAAGAUUUGAUUCACACGGAAUUCAUUAAAACACUAAGAAUGGCAUCGGACAAAUCCACAAUGCCUACAAAAAAUUGGCUAAAGAGCAUAAAAACCCUGGGAGAAGAAGAUGUGCUAAAAGACCAAAGUUGGACGGAAGCAACAGUGGUGGUAACCAGCAAUGAAGAGAGAUGGCGAAUCAAUGAACAACAAUCAAAGGCGAUGGCUGCAAUGAAGAAUUGCCCUAGAAUUCUGUGGGAUAAACCAAUCGAUGGGAUUAUCGCCAACAGCCUGACGACAUACGACACGAAUUACAUCUACCAAAAUUACAAGCAAUUUACAGGCGUCUUCGUCGCGGGUGCACCAGCCUUUCUAACAGAAAAUAUCAACCCUCGUCGUGGAUUGACUAAUGGCACACCCGUCACCUUACACUCACUCAUCCUUGAUCCCGAGGAAGACAUGUCAGACAUUAUCAAUCGGCUCACCGACGGAAGCGGAAACGACGUGAGACUAAAAUACAAUCCUCUUUAUAUUUUAGUGAAAGUAAAAAAUGCCGACCCAAAAGAUUUCAUUGGGUUAACCGUAAUACCCGAUGAAAUAAUCAUACCCAUAGCUAUUGACCAGUGAAAGCAAAGAAUAUUCAAUUGAGGUCCCCUUAAAAAACCUUUUAAAUUAAAAGCAAAAAAAAUUCACGGUAUUGAACUAGGGUUUGCCAUAACGUUCCACAAAAUUCAGGGGCAAACUUGUGACAAACUAAUUGUAGAUUUAAACAAAAGACCAUUCCAGCCACAAGUAACUUUCGCAACUUUCUAUGUAGCGGUGUCUCGAGUGCGACGCUCAAUUGACUUAAAAUUUAUGCCCCUUCACCAAGGACAAAAAGAUUUCGAUCACCUACUAUCCCUACACCCACCAUUAGAAUUGUCAAAAUGGCUCAAAGGAUACUCCACCAACGGCCUAUGGAACCCCAAACUAAUCGAAAAGUAUGACGACCAUGACAUACCUUCCCAAAGCGAAACGACAAACCGACCUAGUAAAAGAAAGCAAACCAACCAAACACCUACCGACACCGGGAUCUUUAAAAAACGGAAAAGCAGAUGAAAUGAACAACAUUCCAAAAUGACGUAAAUGGGAAUCAAAAUCAUGAGACGACUCAUCGAUAAUUUAAGGAAAGCUAAAUUUCCUUAUCUCGACACAUUGCAUAUAUUUUCAACAUAAACACCUGUAAACUAUGUCUAUUGAUAUUACUUCAUUUAAAUCAGAAGUGUUUUGUUCUACUCCACAAAUACAAAUUCUA